AUGUCCGCUCCCAAUGAUAUCAUUCUCUUCCACUACCCAUUCUCGCCAUAUGCGCGCCGGAUAACCUGGUACUUUACCUUGCGGGGCAUUGAAUACGCACAAUGCCUCCAAUCACCAGUCCUCCCUCGCCCGGAUCUGGAAGCACUGAAUGUCUCGUACCGGCGCAUUCCCGUCCUGUCCAUCGGCCGCGACAUCUACUGCGACACGCGGCUCAUCCUGCGCAAGCUGGAAGAAAGGUUUCCCGAUGGCCGUCUCGGCGCCACGAACGGUGAGCAGAAGGCAAUGGAGCGUCUACUGGAGAAGUGGACCGUCGACGCUGGCAUAUUCUGGCGCGCAGCCUCUCUGCUGCCGGCUAAUCUGCCCAUCUUGAACGACCCGAAAUUCACCAAGGACAGGGAGAGCUUCACCGGAAGGAGCUGGGGCAAGAAGGACAUGGAUCGCGCGAGGCCUGAGGGUGUGGUGCACAUCAGGGAUGCGUUUGAGCUGCUGGAGACGACUUUGUUGGCGGAUGGGCGGGAUUGGGUGUUGAAGACUGAGAAGCCUAGUUUGGCCGAUAUCGAAGCCAUCUGGCCUUUUGACUGGCUCGUCGAGCUUCAGGCACUCCCGCCGAAUGUCGUCUCCGAAAAGCAAUUCCCCAAGGUCUUCGCAUGGAUCAAUCGUUUCAGGGGAGCUCUCAAGUCAGCCGGAGCACCGAAGCCCGUCACCCUCAAGGGUCCUGAGGCCAUCAAAUUCAUCAACAGUGCCGAGUUUGCGGAGCCGGCUGGCCGGGUUGACGAGAACGAUCCUCUCGGGCUGGAAUCAGGAGCGCAGGUUCAGGUCUGGCCCAUCGACUCGGGAUUCUCGCACAAGGAUCAGGGUCAAUUGGUGACGCUGUUGCCAAACGAGGUCACGAUUGCCAAGAAGACGAAGGAAGGCGAGGAGAUUCGUAUACAUGCGCCGCGCUGGGGCUUCAGGAUUGUUGAGGCCACUGAUGAAAGCCCCAGGCUUUAG